AUGCCCGUUGCUGCCAGCGAGUCAGCCUUCUCAUCUCUGCCAGCGCAUGCAACUCUACCUCUUCCUUCACCCUUUGCCAAACGGCGUCCUCACGCGCGACACUCGAUCCCAGCCGUCGUCAUGCCCGAGUUUCGACACGCCCGCAGCGGCAGCCUGAACAUCCCCUCGGCUUCCCCCUCGGCUGCCCCGGGCCCUCAUGGCCAGAUGACCCCCCGAAGCCCUCCCAACACCUCACACGUACCCUGCAAGUUCUUCCGUCAGGGGGCCUGCCAGGCCGGUGCCGCCUGUCCCUUCAGCCACGACAUCGGCACGUCGACCGAAACUGUCUGCAAAUACUUCGCCAAGGGCAACUGCAAGUUUGGCCCCAAGUGCGCCAACGUCCACGUCCUCCCCGACGGCCGCCGCAUCAAUUACGGCAAGAAUGGCGUCACCAUCGGCUCGACGCCCGUGAGCCUCGCCGGCCGACCCUCGCCGACGCCCACCUCGCCGACGCCGGUACCGGCCAGCGCCUACCAUCAAUCCUCGGCCAGCGCCCUCACCUCGUCGCUCUACGCUGACCAACCCUCGUACCCGAUUGGAUACCCGACCGACGCCGACCGUCAUCGCCUCGCCCGCCAGCCGAGUCUCGACAUCGGCAUCCCCGCCAUCGACACGCCCUUCACCACGACCAGCUACGGCUCACCCCGCGACGACGACACCCUGCGCCUCGCCUACGGCCUUCCCUCCCUCAACAGCAAGGGGCUUUCCGUGCUCGACGCCCCCCUGCCCUCCUCGUUCGACUCCAACGGAAUCUCAAACGCCGCCCGCUUCCCCUCGGCCCCCUGGCCGUCGUCGGUUCCCUCCAAGUUCGGCCUCGAGUCGCCCACGCCAUCCCUCAACAACGCCAAGGACUCGCGCACCUCCGAGACGCUCAAGUUGCUCCACACCUCGGCCUUUGGCUCCUCCGACUUUUUGGUCACCGCCAUGGCCAGCGGCAGCCCCCCCAACUCGCAGCCCGUCAAUGGCGAGGAGUACUUUGGCAAGCGAGCCAUGCACUCGUCCAGAUACUCGAGGCCCAGGAUGCUGAGCGCGAGCCUGCCCAAGACGUCGGUCGACCACGACUGGGAAGCCGAGUUCGUCUUUGGCGACGACGGCGACAAUGGCCCGGAAAACUACGUGCCCGAGAACCUGCAGGAUCUCCUGACGCCGGCCGAGAAGGCUCGACGUGGCUCCAUUCGCGACACCGAUCCCGUCGUCGACAGCAUUUCCAAGUACGGCAGUCCGAUCGGAUCCAGCCCGAGUCGGUGGGGCUCCCUGUUCCAGCGCCAGAAGGAGGAGGAGGAAGCGGCGCGGGCGGCCAGGAACGCCGGUUCCGCCUUUGGACACGUUGGCAGCCCUCUGCGGAAGUCGACGCUGGCUCAGGAGAUGGGCAAAGGCUCCAAGGGCGCCAACGGAGCCUCGCCACGCCUCUCGGCCUCGCGCUCCGCGAGCGAAUCCAUGUCUGUCCUAUCCCAGCAGUUCCAGCGCAGCCGGCUCGACGACGGCUCCGUCGGCUCCCCGCUCCUUCACCCCACGACGACGCGCAUCGGCAAGGACCGAGCCAUGGAGCGGCACGUGUCGACCGGCAGUAUCGGCUCCUCCGUCACCGGUCGCUUCACCACGCCGAUUGAUGAGGAGGACCCCGAUUUCGUCUUCAGCAUGGAGGAGGAAGACGACCCCAGAACUGCGAGGGUGCGGAAGCGGGCUUCUGCCACCCUGAGCAUCGGCGGCUUCGCAAGCUACGCCGCCGCCGCCGGCAAGGGCACCAAGGAGCCGCGCGACACGGCUCCCGUCGGCGGUCGGUGA